AUGGAGGUACGCUUGGAGGAGUUGUUCGGUUGCUGGCGGGAGGCCGAACGAGCAGACAGGGCCGCCGAGGGACUUCUACGGCUCCGGACCGCCCUGGACCUCGAAUUCUAUGACCAGAUCUCAGCGGUCCUCAGAGAAGUUGAGUCCACAAGCAGGCUUCUUCGAGACCUCUACGAUCUGUUUCCGAUAUACCGGUCUCGAGUCCCCAUCAUUCUCUACUACUUGAACGUUGUUCUCCCCUCUUUCCAGAGGACCUUGAAAGAAAUGAAAGUCUACCUCGAGCAUGAGAAUCUUCCACCUCGGGCACAAUGGAGCUUGAUGUCCGAUCGACUCAACCAGCAAGGAGGAAUGACAUUGGCCGCCCGGUUCGUGAUGUAUGUGGAGUUGCUUGUUCAGCUGGUUCGGCUAUUAAGCAGAUCGCCUUUAUAUGAUCCAACGUCGCUGGAGUUGUUGCGCUUGAGGCAUUUACGUUUAAGAUCUUUACAACAUAUUUCAGCGCCCCCAGGCCCUCUUCAACCUCAUGUUGCGCCAGCCCACCCGACCGAGGAAGCCCUUGAGCGACGCCAUUGGGCAGAAAAGAUUUUUGACGACCAACCUCACUCAACAACAGGUCUGCGACAUAGGCGAGAAUCACAAUGCUUCGGACCUGUUAUGGUGGAGAGGAGGCUGGGUAUAGCCUCGGGAUCGAAAGCCUUAUUCAAGCUGCCAUUCGAGAAGAAUCGUGUCUCGGUUACCAUUUUCCUUUCCCCUGAUGGACCUGACAUGACGAGGCUGCUGUGCCGCUGGAUAGAUCGGUAUAAUAAUCCAAUGUAUUCCUGCUAUGGAGUUCAAGAACUCUGCAUCAGGCGGAAGGGUUCAUCACUGCAGUUUCGUCGCUGGAGUCCAGCCAGAGCCCACCCCACACUGUGGCUGGUGCUCUUCUUCAAAACAUGGGAGAUCACCCAUCAAUCAGAAUCCCCACGGUGGAUGAAUCGCCGUAGCAGACACCGAAUCUGGCUCAGGGACAUCCAUCCCUAUGUUUUCUGUGGCAAUUACAAGAAGAGACACCAGCUGAGGAGAGAUGGAGAAUUUGAAAUAUACUUUGUCAACGAGGAAGCUGCAUAUGCUUUCGAAGAAGUCUUCAGAGGCGAGUCGGAGACGGAAUCCAUCGUUGACCAUGAUGACGACGACCAUGACAACCAUCACUAA